CAGGUGUGGCUCUUUUCUGCAGCCUCAGGCUCGGUGGCCUCCCCGCUGGGGCGGCUCCGAGCGGUGCGUGUUGGGGAGGGGUAGGGGGUGUCUCUGGGCAGUGAUCCUGCGCGGAACGCGGCGGCCGCCUCUGGGAGGUGUGCGGAGGGACGGCGCCUGCUCCUGAGUCAGCAGCGGCGAAGAGGCGGGCGGCACCGCGCCGCCCGGCCCCGCCGAGCGCCCGCGGCCCCUAGCACCGCGCCGGACCCCGGUGCCGAGCACCCGCUAGAGGAAGGGGGCCGUGGGGGCCCGGCGGCUCCUUUCUCCGCCGCCGCCAGUGCUUCAUGGCUACAGCAGGGUACUAAACAAUAUUAGAGGAAAUCAACAUUAAGACGCAUAAUUUCUACACAGCUGGUUGGAAAAGCUGUUGUCACUGCCUUCCUGGUGCAGCAUGGCAUUUGGACUUGGUGUUCUCUGCCUGUUACUAUGGGCAAUAACAGGUUCCAGUUGUGAGCAGUGCAGAGAAGGAGCGACGUACUCGGGUGCAGUAAUAUCUCCCAACUUAGAUACCACUAAAAUUAUGCGAAUUCCUCACGCUAUGUCUGUGUCGGACUGCAUCGCCGCGUGUUGUGACCUCUCUGGUUGUGACUUGUCCUGGAUGUUUGAACGUCGCUGUUACAUCGUGAACUGUCAACACAAGGAGAACUGUGAACCUAAAAAAAUAGAAACUGUAAAAUCCUAUCUUACUUUUGUGCUGAGGCCUUCUCAGAGGCCAGCCUCACUGCUGGGAUUUGGGCAAGUGAUCCCAAGCAUGGUCCACUCCGUGGGACUCCAGAAUGAGCCAUCUGAGGAAGUGAGUAGCCUGAAGGAGCUGUCUCUGCUUGGCAAAGAUCCCAGCCUUGAGGAGAUACCUGAAUACAUUGAUGAUUAUAAGGAGCUGGAACAGGACCCCUUUCAGAUGAGCAUCAAACAUGAGCAGAAGGACAGCAUGGAUUAUACUGACUGGGGCCCGGUGGUGGCAGGUGAAAACAGCUUCAACUAUUCCAUGGGUGAUGAUGGAGAUAACCAGGAAGACAUUGUUGAGAAGAAAGGAGAGUCUGGGAAAAGGGAAAGCCUUCUGAAUAAAAACAGCUCUGAAUUCCACUCUGUCACUGAACACUCCAUAGAGAGGUUGUCAUCUCUCCCAGAGAUUACACCGUUCCCUAGGAAGACAUUUGAAAGUGAAGCAGCUGUUCAGCUUCUUCAACAACCUGAUGAUGGUUUGCAAAAAGAGGCUGUUACGCCUUCCCCUCCUUCAGAGAAAGUGGAUUUCUCCCCAGGUGUGUCAGAGAAGACCCAGACUCCUACAAUGGCCCCAGAGAAUGGCACUGAAGGUGGGAUUGUGCUACUUCUCACUAAUACUGUGCCAUCUGAGCCCAUGCAGCAGUUCACACCACCUGUUACUGACGCUAAAUCAGAUACAGUAAAAGAACUUAUUGUGUCUGCUGGAGAUAACAUACAAGUGGUGCUACCCAAAAAUGAGGUUGAACUGAAUGCCUUUGUUGUCCCACCACCACCUACAGAAACAGCCUACACCUAUGAGUGGAGCUUAAUCAGUCAUCCUGCUGACUAUGGUGGUGAAAUGGAGCGCAGGCACAGCCAGACCUUGAAGCUCUCUCAUUUAUCAGUGGGACUUUAUGCCUUCAAAGUGACGGUUUCUGGUGAAAGUGCCUUUGGCGAAGGUUUUGUAAAUGUCACAGUCAAACCAGCAGUCAGAGUUAACCAGCCUCCUGUUGCCAUUGCUUCACCCAAAGUACAAGAAGUUUCUUUGCCUACAACUUCUACCUUCAUUGAUGGCAGUCAAAGUGUUGAUGAUAUGAAGAUAGUAAGUUACCACUGGGAGGAAAUUAAAGGUCCUUUGCGAGAGCAGAAGGCGUCUGCUGACACACCUGUCUUACACUUGUCUAACCUUGUUCCUGGGAACUACACUUUCAGACUCACAGUGAUUGAUUCAGAUGGAGCAGCCAACUCUACCAUUGCAUCUCUGAGUGUCAACAAACCAGUGGAUUACCCACCUAUUGCCAAUGCAGGACCUAAUCAGGCAGUCACCUUGCCCCAGAACUUCAUCACGCUGAAUGGAAACCAGAGCACUGAUGACCAUGAAAUUGUCAGCUAUGAGUGGUCACUCAGUCCCAAAAGCAAAGGAAAGGUUGUAGCAAUGCAGGGAGUGCGAACGCCUUACCUCCAGUUAUCUGCAAUGCAGGAAGGAGAUUAUACCUUUCAGCUGACUGUCACAGACUCUGCGAGGCAGCGGUCCACAGCUGAGGUCACACUGAUAGUACAGCCUGAAAAUAAUAGUCCUCCAGUAGCAGUGGCUGGCCCUGACAAGGAAUUGACCUUCCCAGUAGAAAGCACUACACUGGAUGGAAGCAAAAGCCAAGAUGACCAAGGCAUUGUCUUCUAUCACUGGGAAAAUAUCAGUGGACCAAGCUCUGUACAGAUGGAAAAUGGCAACAAAGCAAUAGCAACAGUGACUGGUCUUCAGGUUGGUACCUAUCGCUUCAGGCUGACGGUGAAAGACCAACAGGGCUUAAGCAGUGCAUCUGUGCUAUCUAUUACUGUGAAGGAAGAAAACAACAGUCCACCCCGGGCACAUGCUGGUGGGAAACAUGUUCUAGUUCUACCAAAUAACUCUGUUACCUUGGAUGGCUCAAGGUCUGCUGAUGACCAGGGGAUCGUGUCAUAUCUGUGGAUUCGGGAUGGUCAAAGCCCAGCAGCUGGGGAUGUGAUCCAUGGCUCAGACCAUGAGGCAGUACUGCAGCUAACUAAUCUGGUGGAAGGAACAUACAUUUUUCACUUGAAAGUAACAGAUGCUAAAGGAGACUCAGAUGUUGAUUCAGCAACUAUUGAAGUGCGGCCUGAUCCCAAAAGAAAUGGUCUGGUGGAGCUCAUUCUGCAAGUUGGAGUGGGACAGCUGAGUGAACAGCAGAAGGACACUCUGGUGAGACAACUGGCUGUAUUGCUGAAUGUUUUGGAUUCAGAUAUCAAAGUUCAGAAGAUACAAGCCUACUCAGAUAUAAGCACCGCAGUUGUGUUCUACGUGCAGAAUGGGCAUCCUUCCAAGGUGAUCAAGGCAUCAGAUGUCUCACGAACUCUGCAUGUGCAGCUUUUGAAAGAGAAGGCUGACUUUCUGCUUUUUAAAGUCCUGAGGGUUGACACAGCUGCUUGUCUUUUAAAAUGCUCUGGACAUGGACACUGUGACCCCAUAACAAAGCGCUGCAUUUGCUACCAGCUGUGGAUGGAAAACUUGAUUCAUCGUUAUCUAAGUGAUGGAGAGAGUAAUUGUGAGUGGAGUAUACUCUAUGUCACUGUAUCUGUUUUUAUUUUGGUUGUGGUCAUGGUAGGGCUUGCCUGGCUCUGCAUCUGCUGCUGCAAAAGCAGAAAGAGAACGAAGAUAAGAAAGAAAACAAAAUAUACCAUCCUGGAUAACAUAGAUGAGCAGGAGAGAAUGGAGCUACGACCCAAAUAUGGUAUAAAGCACAGAAGUACAGAACACAACUCCAGUCUGAUGGUCUCUGAAUCCGAGUUCGACAGUGAUCAGGACACUAUCUUCAGUAGAGAAAAGAUUGAAAGAGAGAAUCCUAAAACCCUCAUGAAUGGAUGUAUCAGAAAUGGGGUUUCCUUCAACUACAGCUCCAAAGACAGAUAACUGAAUGAGGGUAAAAGCACAGAACACACUGAUCCAACACAUCUGAAACAUGUUGACCCACCUGGUUUUCCAGAACAAAAAGCUUCCUAAAAUAUCAACUAAUUGCGGAUUGAAAGGGGAAAUUUCUGUCACGGUUAAGGAAUGAAAGGAGGAAGGACUAGAUGGUCAGCUAACUCCUCUUGUCACCAUUACAGGAACGAGGAAGAGCACAUCUUACUUCUUGCACAUUCCAUGAUGAAUGUUUGUUUAAAACUUCAGAAGGCCCUUUUACCUGUAUCACUGCUACAGACUAGCCAGGGCUGCUAUGGAACUAACAAUGGUAACUGAAAUGCGUAAAGGUUCAUGUACUGUGCUCCUGUCUUUUUCUCUCAGAGAAGCAGUGUGAUUACGAUGCUGACCUAAACCAGCAAAAGCCAAUACAGAUAAAUUCCCUUACAACUACAGAGAGCAAUAUGUGAUCAUAGGCUCCAUCUUUGUUUUCAGUUUAAGUUGAGAACACCAAGACAGAGCAUUUUUAGUGCAUUGUAUUUAUAUCUGACUGUGCUUUGUGACUUCCUUUUCUAGGUUAGUGCUCAUCAGAUGGAAGUGUCUUCUUUUCAAAGAAAGCUUACACUUAGUAGUACACUUAAUCAGCUGUAAUGUGAUACAUCUGUGUCCUGUAGGAUGCAAUGUUCCCUGUAUUUACAUAAAAAAAUAUGAUGCCUGCAGGGAAGUCCAGCUGUCCAGGUUGCUUCUGUAAUGAUGAAGGUGCUUUGGCUCUCUGGUGUCUGUCACAUUCAGCCAGCAAACAGUAACAGAAAGGCAGGAAAGAUGUGGUGUAAUGCACCUUCAGAAGCAUUUUGAGCAUCUCAAAUAGCCUUUUGCUUAGAGAGCACUUCUAAAGAGCUCUGGACCUUCUAAGACUGAACCAUCAGCUGAGACAAGUUUCCAUCUGUCAGCCUCAGUGCUCAAUUAAACAAUGUGCCAGCCAUUUGUGUACUGAAAUGCUUGUGGUGAAACAGCCUAUGUGGAGCAGGAGGUUCAGCACCUACAUUCAUUGUCAUGAGAAUUGGUACUGGGAAAAGUUUUAGCUUGAACAUUAGGUUGUUUCACUUUUUCCUCUGUGGCUAUGCAGCAACUAGUUGUAUUGACCUAAAGAGAUCCCUUUAGGUGCUUUGGAAGGGUAGGUAUAUUGGAGUUCCAGUGUUCACAAUCUGGAUAAUUUCUUUACAGUGUGCUUGUUUGGCUUUAAAGCCAUGCCCCCAGUACUGUUCUUGAAAUUUCAAACUGAAGACCUGGCUUUUGUACUUAAGCCUCACUUGUGGCAGCAUCUGCGUCAGUGGAACUGGAUGGCUUCGAUGUCAGCCUUCUCUGGGGCUCCUUUACUGACAUGCUGGAGUCUUGGGCUGAGCUGGUGGAACGAUGUAUUCUCUUGGAGAAAAUAUUCCUCUGGGAGCAUUUUUGGACAGUGUUUUUGGUUUUAACACUUAUUUUUUUUUUUUUAAAAUCUUGUGGUACAGAAUCCAUUAACAGAGAAGUAUGGAACAGUAUAGAGAUCACAGGGAGAUGAGAAAGGUCAGGUAGAGGACAUAGUUCACCUCCAUCAUAAGAAAUAAUUUGGUAGGGAAUUUUGGGUCUUUCUCCAUCCUUUUGUAGAAGUCCGUCACAACAGAUUAGUUGGGUUGAACACUGUGGCUUCUGUGCUUCAUUUGUUAGUAAGAAUUGGGCAAAAGUCAGACAAACUGUCUAGGUUGGAAGGAAUCAGUAGUCAAAAGUUGCAGCAACAUGGCAUGCUUGUAACUGGUUUCAUACUUUUGAUUCUCACAUGCAGCCAGCAGAAGUCCCUAAGGUUAUUAGGGCUGCACUGAAGAGUAUCUAUCCUGUGCCCAGCCCUGCAUUUCUCUGGAGAGCUGAGUGUGGCUGCAGGAGUCGUAGCGGUGGGAGAAGCUCUUCAGAGCUAAAAAAGGCUAAUGCAAGCAUUUUCCAUGUUUUGUCCCGUACCCACCAGCAAGAUGCAGUAUAAAUGGUGUGAUUUGCUUUUUUCAGAAGCCAAGUUUUAACUCUGUAUGGGGGUUUUAGGCUCUUUAUUGAAAAAAAUCCAGCUUUAUCUCACCUUGCCCCUUCUUGAGUGUGUGAGUGUAUGUAUAUUUUUAAAUAACUUGGUCAAUAAAAGCAAGGUCAGCUUCUGAUGUC